GACAAUUCAAUAAAAAGGGGGGGAAAAAAUGGUAAAAUCCCUUCUUAAUUGCCCAGAAUUCACUCCCCCAUCGCAACCCCGAUCUCUCCUGGAGUCGAACAGUCGAACCAGACGCAGAAGAGAGCAGCCAUGGCGAGUGAUUCGACCCCGACUCAGCUCAAAUCCGACUCCAUAAUGGAGCAGAUGAAGCAACACCUCUCCACCGACGCCGGCAAAGCGAUCACCAAGAAGAUCGGCCUCGUCUACCAGAUCAACAUCGCCCCGAAUAAAAUUGGGUUCGAUGAGGUGGUCUACAUCGUCGAUCUGAAGAAAGGAGAGGUCACUAAAGGGCCAUAUGAAGGUGGAAAACCUGAUGCUACUUUUUCCUUCAAAGAUGAUGAUUUUAUUAAGGUUGCCAUUGGAAAAAUGAAUCCUCAAAUUGCUUUUAUGAGGGGAGCGAUGAAGAUCAAGGGAAGCCUUAGUGCAGCGCAGAAAUUUACUCCCGACAUAUUCCCAAAGCCAUCGAAGAUGUGAGCAGUUCAAAAGGGUCUUCAUUCCAGGCGUUUCUUAGUCACUCUCGUUUCGGCGGGAAAGAAGGGGAAAGAAUGAAAAGAUUAUUCCAGCCUCACAAAAGUGAAAGUUGUAUGAACUAGUCCUUCACAUGGCUGUCAUGGUGAUGGGGCAACAUAAGUAAUGAGAUAUGGAACAUGAUGAGGGACUUUUACUCCAAGUUCUUUUGCAUUUGAAGCUCUGUUAAUACUUCUGUUAUAUUGCCCCUUUUCUCUUUAAAUUUACAGCACAGUCAUAUCUUUUUUAUUCUCUUCCUUUCAUUUGAAGGACAUAAUCUAUUUCCCACGAUCAUGAUUUCACUCAAAUUCCCAAUGUG